CUUGAACCAGAAUGAAAUCGAGAAUAUAAAUUCCCAUUAUAUAAACGAAAAGUUGUAUCAUUAUUACUUAGUAACUUAUUAGAUUUUCUUAUACUUCAGAAUAUUUCUACAACAAUACGUCUGUUCUCUAUUAUCUAUCAAAAAACUAAUCAUUUUAUUUUGUUUCCGCUUCUAUUAGACCAUUUGUUCUAAAAUUCUUACAUAGAUGAUAAUGAAAAAAAAGUCAAUGAUCCAUUACCAUUCAUUUUUAAAUCGUCCAUUUCGAGACGGUGGUUUUUAGCCUGAUUGUAAAAAAUUUGAAAUUUGAACAGGUUUCAAAUUAGGAUUCAAAUAUGUUAUUUGUAAAAUAUGAUCUCUAAAAUUUUGUUUAACAGUUUUUGAAGCAGACAUGUGAUGUGAAUUAUCUGAAGAAUAAUAUAUAACAAUAAAUAUUCGUUUUUCUUUUAGUGAUGUAUAGUUCUUUUGUUCAAAAUAAGACGAAAUUUUUUGUCUCCAUGUUGCGAAGCAUCGUGUUAGAACUUUUGGCAUUGUGUCACGAGCACAUAAAAUAAACUGUUAAAAAAAGAUUUAAAUAUAUUUAAUGAUGUAUUAGGUAAAUCAACAGAAAUAUCAGAUAAAUAACGUUUUUCUCUUAAAAAAACGCAAAAAUUUGUCAUUUUGCUUCCAGUUUAUGGGCUAUGAACACUUUUUUUUAAUACAUCAGAACGAAUUAGUCUUUUACAUCUAAACAACAUUCUUAACAUAUUCCAUAUGCAGCGUUGCACAUCUAUUCGAUUUUUUCUUCUCAAUUUUAGUAAUGCCAACUCUAUUUAAUGAUUUACCCGAUCUAUGCCUAUUUGAAAUAUUUGGCUAUUUGAAUACGAUGAAUAUAAUCUACUCAUUCUUGGAUGUUAACGAGCGUAUGAAUGUAUUACUAAGAGAAAAACGUUAUUUAUCUGAUAUUUCUGUUGAUUUAACUAAUACAUCAUUAAAUAUAUUUAAAUCUUUUUUUAACAGUUUAUUGCCAACUAUAGGAUCAAAUAUUACAAAUUUGACGAUUGCAUUUAAUCAAAUUGAAUUAACAAAAUUAUAUCAUUAUUUAUUACCAAAUGUAAAAUCAUUAUCAUUAUUGUCAAUUAUAAAUCCAAAUGGAUUACAAAAAUUUUUUGAAUCAAAAUAUUUUGAUUCAAUAAAUGAAUUAAAAAUGGAAUUUAAUGGUCAAACAUUAAUUCGUUCCUAUACAUAUUCACGUAUUGUUAAUCGAUUUCUGUUUACAGAGAAAACAUGUCGAACAACAUUUGAAAAAUGUACUUUAUGGGGUUCUUGUCCAUAUGGAAUAUGUCUGCAAAAUGUUCAACAAACAUUAAAUAUAAAACAAUUAACAAUUCAACUCAAUCUUUUAAUUGAUUUAUUAUUACUAUUCGAUAAUCUACCAUGUAUUGAACAAUUUAACGUUAAAUUAUAUCGUAUACAUGAUUCAAAUGAUAAUAUAAAUGCACGACAUAUAUUAGAUUAUACAUUAUUGGAUAAAAUUCUUCGAAAUUUACUCUCAGUUCAAAAACUAUCAUUAACAUAUUUAACAUAUGAAAAAAAUGGUAUUGAUGGUAUUCGACUCCAUGAUACAUUAUCACCAUUAUUAAAUUUAAAUGAAUUAUCUUUAUUAAUGACCAUUACGUAUUUUACACUUGUUGAAAAUCAUUUGUUAUUAUCAUUAAAAAUAUUGGAACGAUAUAAUAUUCAUUGUUGGCUAGAUAAAAAUGAAUAUAUUUUGUAUACAAAACGAUUUAAUCACACAUUAUCAUUAAUUUUAGAUCCAUUAAUAAAUGACCAAAUAAAAACAGUACAUUAUUCUUCUGUUAAAAUAUUAGAAUUAUCAAAUAGACAACGUUUUUCUCAUUCAUCAUUAGUCAAAUGUUUACAUCAAUUUCCCAAUUUAACAUCAAUUAAAUUACAAAAUAUUAUUAAUUUAUCAGAAAAAGAGACUAUUAAAUAUACAGUAGAUAAUGUUUUAUCAUUAGCUUACUACAUAAAUGUUAAAUAUUUUCAACAAUUUUUAUUCAUUUUACCCUAUUUAACAACGUUAAAAAUUAACUAUACAUGUUUACAAAAAUAUUUGACUAAUUCCAAAUAUAUAUUCAAUAAUUUUAAUCAUAUUUAUCAUUUGAAGAUAAUCAAAUGUGAAUAUACAAAUUUAAAUGAAAUUUUAACCUAUUUUUCAAUGUUAAAUACUUUAUCAUUACAAAUGUCAUUUUAUAGAAAAGACUAUCAUACACAAAAAUGUUUAUAUUUUGAAUUAAUUCAUUCGACAAUAUUAACACGUAUGAAAAAUUUAUACUAUUUUGAAUUUAUUUAUGAUUGGGAAGAUUUAAUUCAAUAUUUAUACUCAAAAUUAUCAUCAUCAACGGAUAAUCAAAUUAUACAAUUACAUGGUGAUAUGAUAACUAUAUGGAAAUAA